AUGUUUAAAAAAGAUUUAACCCCGUCUCCGAAACAAAAGCUCAAAUCUUCCGUCCAGCGGUCCGUCCGCCAGUUGAUCCUGGACACAUACCCUCUCCUGGCCCCUCACAUCGACGAAGUCCUGCCCAAGAAGGCCUCUCUCGAGCAGAUCAAGCUGCCUGACCGCGUAUCGCUGUACGUGAUUGAGAACCGCCCGCUCUUCUACCAGCAAGAUAACGGCGUACUGCUGCCGCACCUGAAACUCGUCCACCGCUUCCCCCAGUGCUUCCCGAAGAUCCAAUGCGAUCGCGGUGCCAUUCGUUUUGUGUUGAGCGGCGCUACGCUCAUGGCGCCUGGGUUGACGAGUAAGGGUGGCAGGCUGCCACUGCCGAGGGAGAAGGCCCCCAGGAGUGCACAAGAAGAUGCUGAGGAACAGAAGAAGGAAGGGGGGAAUGAGUCUGGCGAGAGUGGCGAGGAAGGGAAUAAGGUUGUGGUGCCAGAUGAGGGUGUGGAUGAGGAUGGUCACUGGAGCAGAGAGCUGGAGAAGGGCGAGCCCGUUGUCUUGAUGGCUGAGGGCAAGGUUGAGGCGGCUGCUGUGGGUAUUUUAAAGAUGGGCACCAAGGAGAUCAAGGAGAAGGGCAAGGGGCCGGUGAUGGAGGAGACGCAUUUUCUUGGUGAUGGGCUUUGGCGGUUGAAUAUCGAGUAA